AUGGAAAACUCUUCGUCGAUAGAUCGCCUUCCCUCGUCUCCCCAGAAAAUCUCGAAAAUCUCUUUUACCAACUCGGGCAGCCGGGCUGGCCCUCUUUGGGGGCCGAGACUCUUCAACCAGAGAAGACCAUUUGGCGGAGACAGCUCCAGCUCCAGCUCCAGCUACCAAUGUUUAUCUGACCGUCUGCACAAGGUCAAAGCCAUAGGUAGCGCACCGGGGAAACGGCACAACCGCCCUUUUGUUAUGCAAACUUCCCCUCUGCAGAACAUGGACCACCCAUGCGACCGAGUUCUCUCCGUCGCCUGUUGGUCAAAGCAAGACCCCUCAGGUCUCUCUCUCGACCCCUUCUCGCCCCUCUUCGCCCCUUCAGAGGGAACACCCCUCUGUCGAAACAUGAGAGCACUGGCUUUUUGCCUCCGCUUUCUCCUGGCACCAGUCAAUUACCAUGCCAACGGGUGGUCGAGCAACCAAAGUUUGAACCCCGUCCGACGUCGCAAUGUCAGCUUGUCUUGGGUCGGAAGAGCGAUUCUGUCUCCCUCUGCUCGCAACCAACCGACAGGGAUUCGCGUGUCUCACCCAAAAACAAACAACCAGUCCAUGGAGACGCCACGCAUCUCAUCGCUAGCCUCGUCGAUCAUGGCCUUCUGCUUUGGGAUAGAAGAAGAGGCACAGCGCCAUGGCCCAUUGAGGGGCAGAAGUGCCGUAGCUUGCGCCAGGACACCUACUGGCCAGAACGGAUUUGACGGAACGAUUGAUGGCUCGGAGCACCUUCAAUUGGCAGCUUCGGGCGAUAGCAAAGAGGACCGGAGAUUGUACCUGCACAACCCCCUCACAUACGAUGCGACCGCAGCUCUCGAGUCCAGCCUUACCCUGCGCCGUCGUCGCCAUCUACACGGCCCAGAGCCUCACUUGAUCAACCACGGGGUCUUUUUCAGCGCCGUCAUUUCGCAAACCAUGACCCAGAUCGUGUCAAUCAAUGAUGGGAAUGGCAAGACGAGCAUCGUCGAUUGCGCCGGAGCUGGAGCAAAAGCGACAUUAGCCGUGCUGGUUAAGAACAACACGGACCAGGGAUGA